UGGUGAAAAAAACAAACAAACAUAAACACACCAUCGUUCAUUGUAAAGGUCGCCCAACAAAACAUAACAACAACAUAAUGACUUGUGAUCAUUUGUCACAGUUUUCAGAGUUUAAAGAACCGUCUGGAUUCUGUAAAUCUCACAGUUAAAGCCUGCUUGCUGUGUUUCCUGGUUUUCUGAGCAAAGAUGAGAAACCUGCAGUCUGUCCUCUCACUUUCAUUCAGGAAGAGCAGAGCAGAGUCAGGAAGAGGAACCGAGGAAGACAGGAAGAAGGAGCCUGGCUGAGAACUGUGUUCAGGUGUGAGCACUACAGCUGCAGCACAACUGUGGACUCCACCCUGAUGAUUGUUUGACAGGUGGAGCAGUGAGUACUGAGGCUGUGCUUCAUCUCAUCCAGGACAACCUGAGAUGGAUGCUGGGAAAUCUGUGAUAUUCUGCUGGAUUCUGGUCGUCUGCUUUUCACUGGCUGCAUAUGCAGACCAGAAAACGAUCACAGCUGAGUCUGGACAGAACGUCACUCUGACAUGUCGAGCUGCAAACAACAACAUCAUUGUUGUUGUAGAGUGGAGCAGAGCUGAUCUGGAGCCAGAUUAUGUCCUCCUGUACCGUGAUGAGCGGUUUGAUCCAGAAAACCAGCAUCUAUCUUUUAAGAACCGGGUGGAUCUGCAGGACAGACAGAUGAAGGAUGGAGACGUGUCUUUGAUUCUGAAGGAUGUGACGAGUGCUGAUAAUGGAACAUAUGAGUGUCGUGUCUUCAUGAGAGGAGCAAACCGCAGGAAGAGAGCUCAUCUGAAGACUGAGCCCAUCACCACCAUCAGGUUAAAUGUUCUUCCAGGUCAGACAGGAGGACACACAGAGGAUGGAGGGAAGGAGGAUGAAGGGAAGGAGGAUGGAUCUGUUGGAGUGAUCGUUGGUGUGGUAGUUGCUGUUGUCCUUCUUGUUGUUGUUGGUGUUGGUUUGUUGAUCUACAGAAAGCUUAAAGAGCAUGACUGUCAGCCAGUUUGAAACUUAGACUAAACAUUUAUUUAUUCCAAAUAGAUAAUAAAUUUUGUGCUUAAAGAAUGUAGUGUUUUUUCCCCCAAUCAUGUAAGUGAAACAGGAGCAGACUGAAAUGUCACAUGUGCCAUCAAGAAGUGCCAAAAUAAGAUUUUCAUGAAUUUUUUAUAUUUUCUUUUAUCUUUAUGCAAAACAUCAAUAAACAGUCCAGCAGA